CGAGCGUCAGUUCGCUUCUUAUUCAAGAGAAGAUGACAUCAUUGAUUGAUCUUAAAUUAUGUGAAAUCUAAAAUGACCUCAGUUUGGAGGUUUUCCAGAAAAAUGAUUUGUGUGUGUGAAUGAAUGAAGCUCUGUUUGUGUGUGGGCAGAACCGCCACAUUCCUAUUGGCUACGACAGUGAGUGGGCAGGAGCUGGAAUGAGACAGCAGCCAAUCAGAGUGUGUGUGUGUGUGUGUGUGUGUGGGAGAGAGAGGAGAGGUCCACAUGAAAACCUGAUGUCUCUCACUCGUCUACAGAGACAGCCAAUCAUGGAUCAUCUCAACUUUUACUUCUAAAUUAACUUUCUGUUAACAAAGGACAACUGGUCUUGGAUUUUUGGACAUUUUGUGGUUUGAUUGGAUAUUUAAAUUUUCUUCUGAGUUGUCAUUGGUCGGGAUGUUCUUGCAAUGUCUGACGUCUGAUUAGAGGAUCCUGUCUGACGGUGGACUGUGAUUGGCUGAAGAUGUUUGGUCGUGCUAAGUCGUCUUCUCCCGUCUCUGACCUGGGAGCGCAUCCUCGUUCGCAUCGUCGACCUCCGUCGACCCCGCCCCUCCCUGUUAGGACUCUGCAGCUUGUUGCUAAGCGACCAGAGACACCUGUUGUUUUACGAGAUCGUAGAAAGAUCCGAUGUCAGGGGUCAGGGGUCAGAGAGUCCUGGCCGGGUACCAAGCCAACCCCACCCUCAGCUCAACCAAUCACUGAGGUACAGCCCAGAGGCUGCAACCAAUCGCAUCACAUGACCCUGCCAUCUGCCCCGCCUCCUCGUCCUCAUUGGUCAAUCUCUAAUAAAGCUCCUCCCAAUGGGCAGGGUUCAGAAGCCACCAUGAUGUCACUGCUGCUGUUCUGCCACAGUUCUUCCUGUAACAGGCUGGUUGCCAUCGACAGUAAAGUUGAACGAGCCAUGGACCUGGUGAAGACUCACCUGAUGGUGACAGUGAGGGAGGAGGUGAAGCUUCUGAGAGAAGAAAUCACAGAACUGCAGAAGAAGAACAAGGAGCUGGAGAGAGAGAAUCACAACCUGAGAACACACAACUACACACAUUCUGAGACACAACUACACACUGACACACAACUACACACUGACACACAACUACACACACACUGACACUCUCAUCAUUUACUCAUUGACUAUGAACUGCUCACCUUUGCGUGUUGCCGUGGUAACAAGUUUAAUAGACUGAUGAUUAUAUUAAUGAAUGGUGGUAACCGUGACAACUGGAGAUGUUCUGUGUGAUGAAGAUGAAGAGUAGAAUCCAAUAAAUUAAUAAUUAACCAACGUUUGAGUUAGAAUGAUGAUGAUGGUGAUGAUGAUGAUGAUGAUGAUUAUGGUGAUGAUGAAGAUGAUGAAGAAGACGAUAAUGAUGAUGAAGAUGAUGAUGAUGGUGACAUACCCCUCCCACCCUGGUGAUGGACUGUUAGAGCCCCUCCCCUGGUGUUUAUGGUAUUUUUACAUGUUUAAAAUUGUAUAUUUAUACUUAUAUAUCCUUGUAUGUGUAAAUCUGCUUGACGAUAAAACCUUAUUCUGAUUCUAAUAUACUGCAAUAAAAAAAACUGAUGAGAGAAUACACUUAAAUCCUUAA